GUGUCUUUGCAGCAUACGUGGAUUAUACCGUCCAUCACAUGAUGAGUGAUGGGACUAAAUGUGUCCACAGUGAGUCUGGGAUGAAGUGUUGAAUGUGAUGGUUAGCCAUGUUGAUAAUGAGCGGCAUUAUAUUGAUGCAGUGUUGAGAAUAUACGGAGACUAGGGUGUAGCUGUGUUUUGGUUCAAAUAUCUCGUUAAUUGUUUUGUCUUGGGGCUGUACAUUGGACUCCAAGCCGAACUGACGCUGAACGGUGUUGUGCUUGAGACGAGGCAGGAGGGAACAAGACAGUGCAGUUUGUUCUGAACGUUUGGAAAAAUUCCCAGUUUAGGACAAGAUGCCUAGAAUUGCAAUAACGUGCGUUGUCUUCAUCUGUUUCCUCCCGGGGAUGACACAUGUUUCAGGCUGUAGUUCAACGUUGACGGGGUAUUCCGGCUUCUUCACCUCACCCAACUACCCGGGAAACUACCCCUCCAACGCCGACUGCUACUAUACCAUCGACGCCGGCAACAAACCAAUCCGCCUCCUGUUUCUGGACUUCGGAGUAGAAGUAGGCUAUGACAUUGUGAAGGUAUACGAUGGCUCAAGCACCCUGCUGAGUUUGCUGGACGGUAGUCGGGGCAUGUAUGUUAUUGAACCGGCCACCCAUUACACAGUUCACUUUCAAUCUGAUGACCUCCUCAAUUACAGGGGAUUCAAUGCAACAUGGACAAUCUCCGCCACCGCACUAGCUUCUGACGUACCCGCUCUCGUGCACGGGCGCUGUAGCUACCAGGAAGACGUUGUGCGCCAGUCUUCAUCCGGGUUCUCUCUGAGUUACCUUGAACUGCUCAGCACAGUCACGAUCUUCGACUGUUUGUUUGUUUGUAGGGAAGACAGCUUAUGCACAGCCUUUCAUUACUUGAACCAAGGGUGUACCUUGUAUUUCAAUUUUGUCUGCAAUGAUACCCUCCCAGCUUUGCUGUAUGUGGGAAUGUGACGUGAUGCAUCAUUGUGGAGACGUUAAAAUAAAGCGACAAAACCCUUUCCAUACCCAAUAGAAAUAUCUGCAUGAAGCAGAAUCGAUUGUACGAUUCCGACUAUGUCAUUAGAAUGUGUUAAAAACUUUAUGAAUCACUAUCAAAUAGUAA